CAAUCUGUUGUGGAAAAUAGUAGACAGCUCGAUUUAUUGACGCUUUCUUUUGAAGUACUGCUGUUAAAUAUAAAAAAAAAUUGUGGGGCUUUUCAGGUUUUAACGUUUAGUAGGCUAUAGUUGAACUGUGUUAAAGAAAAAUGCAAGGUUUAAGAAAGCUCUUCCGGCCUUCUUGGUCCUCUGCUGUAAAACUCGAUGACACAACUGCGGUCAUUACUGGCGCAAACACUGGGAUCGGUAAAGAAACAGCCAUUGACCUGUCAAAGAGGGGCCAUUUUCUGUUGACGUAUUUGUUGAUCGACCUGAUUAAAAGAUCGGCUCCGGCCCGGAUUGUCACCGUAUCUUCCAUGGCUCACUCCUGGGGUUCGAUCAAUCUGGAGGACAUCAACAGUGAGAAGAGUUACAACAAGAACAAAGCUUAUGCACAGAGCAAACUUGCAAACAUUCUCUUCACCCGCUCGCUGGCGAAAAGAUUAGAAGGCACAGGCGUGACGACGUACUCGCUCCACCCUGGAGUUGUUCAAACGGACCUGUGGCGCCACCUGAGCAGCCCCGAGCAGUUCUUCAUAAAGAUAGCCAAGCCUUUUACCAAAAACUCUGUCCAAGGGGCUCAGACUACGAUUUACUGUGCCGUGGAACCGUCACUGGAGAAGGAGAGCGGUGGAUAUUACAGCGACUGUGCUCCGGCCAACUGCUCCGCCGCUGGAAAAGACGACGAGCUGGCGCAGAAGUUGUGGGAGCUGAGCUGUCAAAUGCUCUCCAUAACAUGGGAAUAACAAACAAGACAAAGAUCUUGUACAACAUUCUCUCAUUUCACUAACACUCCCUGAAAUGAAAUUAUUAUUUUAAUGUACAAGUGCUACCUAUCGCAUAAAAUACUCUUCCAGAAGUAUUUGUCUAAAUAAAUAUGUUGACAUGUUGUCCAUGUGAAGACAUGUUUUUCAGAAUUCAAUGGGUAAAAUGACUCUACAGUAUUUUUGCACAUUUUGCUUUAGUAGGAGCCAUUCUACUUUCCAUUUGCCCAUAUUUGGGUAACUGCAGUACAUGUUUAUUUAAAAUUAAGAAAAACAUUAACAUCCAUUUUGAAAAAUGUAUCUUAUGUGCCUCUAAUGAUCUAUGUAAUUGUGGACUCUGGUUUUCUUCAGAUGUAACCCCAUCGUGAAGAUCUUUUUGCUACCUCUGAUUUUCUAAUUACCUUUUUAUAUAUUAAAAAAUAAAAUUUUCAAUUUUCAAA